CGAACAUCGAAGGUGUUGCUUGAGCAAACUGAUCAUUCAGUGCUCGAACAUCGAGGUGCCCGUGCCUGCUACUUCGGACCGCACAAGCAAUUGUUUUACGGACGAUUCGACCAUUGGUGCAAAUUGACAGUUCAGUUUUUUUGAAAUCAGUGCUACAAUUAUUGUGAUUCGUACGAGUUGUAUCAUCAUCAUCUGUGACUUGUGACGAACUGUUGUGACAAGUGGCAACUCAUCAAAGUGACUUUCCAUUGUGAAAAUUAACUUUUACCGUCUAAAGUGUUAAAGGACGAUUAUCAAAAUUGAGAUGAACCAAACAUGCAAAGUUUGCGGGGAACCAGCGGCGGGUUUCCAUUUUGGGGCCUUCACAUGUGAAGGAUGCAAGUCGUUUUUCGGGAGAUCAUACAACAAUUUGAGCUCGAUAUCGGAGUGCAAGAACAAUGGCGAAUGCGUGAUAAACAAAAAGAAUCGCACGGCGUGCAAGGCGUGUCGCCUGAGGAAGUGCCUCUUGGUGGGCAUGUCGAAAUCGGGGUCGAGGUAUGGAAGACGAUCCAACUGGUUCAAGAUCCAUUGUCUACUGCAGGAGCAGCAGCAGCAGCAACAGGCCGGCAACAACAUGUUAAAACCGCCGCAGAAAAUGCCGUCGCCUCACCAAUCGCAGCUGAACCAUCUCAGCCUACUGGGCCACCAAACGUUCCCGUCGCAGCUGAUCCCGCACCUGCCCAAAACCAAGGAAGAGCUGAUGCUGCUGGGUUUAGACGAGUACAAACACUCCGCAUCACCGUCGGUGAGCUCCCCGGAAUCGCACAAUUCUGACUCAUCAGUCGAAGUCAGCGACGCUAGGCGGAUGCCUCUCUUCGCUCUGCCCGCCUUCCUGCCGCCCCCGGGCCUCCUGUUCCCGCCGGGGUACCCGCCUCUGUACGGCGGCGGCCUCCUGCAAGCGGUGCAACCAGGCAACAACAACAACAGGCUGAUGAGGAACCACAACCAAGGCGUCGUGGAAGCCGCCUUCAACAAGCGUUUACUUCUCGACGCGGUGCUGCAAUCGCAGAGAUCCUUAACCCCCGAGGAGAUAGAGACCCCCGUCCCGGUGAGGGAAUCGCCCGUACAGAGCGACCCCAUCGAUCUAAGCAUGAAGACUACCAGCGAGAGGAGCUCGUCCCCCGCCCACUCCGACAAGUCGGGGUCUCUUCCCACGGAAAGAAGCGCAGGAAGUGAAGCUGACGAGGAGAGCGAUUGCGAUUCGGAAAGGGAGUUGAAGAGGAUAAAAAUCGUCCGCCCUACGCCCUUAGAUCUUACCACCAAGGUGUAAUGGAAUUCCAUAUAUAGUAUUAACUCUUGAUUCAGUGUGUUUUUAAAUGUUGCGAUAGUACAGUCGCGGCCAAAUCUGUCAGCGUUAAGGUCUAUUCAUACGUGCACAGGCCCGAUCUAACGCUCGUGUAUUGUUGACGUUUUAUAGCAGUUGGGGCUGUUUUUUAAGAUGAAAUUAUAAUAUCAUCAUAUCUAUAUUCAUCUUAUAAGUUCGUUAAGGGCAAAUUUUGAUUAAAUGUGUUUAGAGAGAGAACAAACGGAGUAAUAUAUGUUAUAGUUAUAUACAAGCCUUCUAAAAUUGUUUUCAAAAUCCAGUGGUAGAAAAUGAUAAACACAAUGUUUAAAAUUAUUUACAAACGAUGCUUACAGACAAAAUGUCAAAAUUACAAAAAAACGUAAAAUAUAAAAUGCGCGCCAGCCUUAAGCUAUUAGCAACUGGCACACACAAAACUACUAAGUGAAUGUUUUUCUUUCAUAAUUUCGUAAAAAACAGGGAAACGGAUACAGUUCUUGGUACGCAAUGAAUGAUAUAUUUUAUAACACAUCAGUAUUACGCCUUAAAAAAGCAAAUUUAACGGCAGUAACUUUACAAUUCAAAGUUGGUAAUGCUGAAGACAUUAUAUUGAUGACGUGCACCCAUGCAGAUUAGGGCGCGACUAUAUUUGCUAUUAUUUGAAACACCAGUGGUUGAGUAUCAAACUCUAUAUUGUAUGUAUUUGUAAAUAGUAUUUAAAUUAAAUUAAUUUGUAUAAAAAAUCUAGUGAUAUAUUUCAACUGCUCUGUUGUUUGUUAAUUUCGCGGCCAGUACACUUAUUGUGUUUAGUAUGUACAUAGUUUUUAUCUUGAGCAGUGCAAUGUUGGAUUUGUUUUUAAUUUAUUUAUAAUUUGACGCGAUCAUUGUUGUCGAAAUUGGCCAAUAUACUUGGGCAUUUUAUACGAAUACAAAUUGUAUUUUAUAUUAUAUAUAUGUUAUUAAUGAUUAUUGUUUGUUUUUAUUUUUCGGAUGUCUUUGUUUUGAAAAAUCCAGUCUGAUUUUGGGGACUAGGGCCAGUUGAGUGAGAUUGAGAAUGAAUGCAAAUGUUGUAUGUAAGAA